CCUUGAUCUCCGUGCUUGAACUGUCAUCUCUAAACCUCAACUGCAUCUCCUCCCCCUACAGCCCCUUCCACGUCUCUACCGCCACACAACACCCGCCUUUAUUACCUCGAUAUUGCCACAGCGGUUGGUCCUUAGGGGCGCGCUGUGAUGCGGCUGCAUUGACUUUCUACCAGCAGCCUUUGUCGUUUCUGGUCGACCCGUUUGUCAAGUCGAAACUAACCGUUCGUUCCUCACGUCGCGCGAACAAGCUCUUCGUUGGUCCCGCCUAGUCGCCCUGAAUUAUCUUCAAACAUACCUUUGAUUCUUGUCAAUAUACUGGACACACAGACCAAGAGUAACGCGCAAUGUAUAACACACAUCGCGGGAUGGUUCCCGCUCCCAACUCCCGUUUGACGGAGUUGCUUGAUCAACUGCGCCAGGAAUUUGAGAAUCAAUCUAGGAGCACUGGCGAGUUUGAACAUCAAUUAACCGGACAGCUCCAAGAAAUGGAAAUGAUUCGGCAGAAGGUCUACCAGUUAGAGCAAGCACAAAUCAAAAUGAAGCAAGACUAUGAAGCGGAAAUCCGAGUGCUGCGUCAUGAGUUGGAGUCGCGCGGUGUUCAACCUGUCUCGUCCCAUAUUGCUGGCCCAGCGCAGCACGCUGGCCCUUCGCAAGCCCCCCCACCCGCAUUGGGUCAUGGCCCUAGUAAUCUAUUCGGUGGGAUCAUGGCCAACCAAGGAGGUAGUGGUCCCGGUCUUGCCCCUCCCCCUCCCCAGGAUCAGCAGCCUCCCCAGCAUACCCUUCAACAGCCUGCUCCCGCGGCUCAGCAAGGAGCGCCGCAGCCACCGCAGAGCUCUUUUGGGGGAUAUCAGCCUGGUGCUGCUGUGAACGGUUACGCACCUCCGCCUCCACCCACCGCCUCUCCUGGACCUGGAAAGAGACCCCGUGCUCCUCCUGGACCAGCAACUCCCCAGCAAACCCACCAACUGGCCUAUCCUGAUCCUCGUGUGUCGCCCCAGUUGGCCCGGCCCACCCCACCUAGCCAAGCCCUUGUCCGUGACCGCCCAGGUAACAUGUUGGCCAACUGGAAUCCAGAUGAUUUACCUGCCUCGCAAAAACGCGAGGGUGCUGAUUGGUACGCUGUAUUCAACCCAGAAGUACAGCGUGUGUUGGACGUCGAGCUGGUACAUCAUCUUGUUCAUGAUAGUGUGGUUUGCUGCGUACGUUUCAGCCGGGACGGCAAAUAUCUUGCAACCGGUUGCAAUCGUUCCGCGCAAAUUUUUGACGUCACGACCGGCCAGAAUGUGGCUACCCUUCAGGACGAGAACGUGGACAAAAACGGCGAUCUUUAUAUCCGCAGUGUUUGCUUCAGUCCCGAUGGCAAGUUCCUCGCAACCGGCGCCGAGGAUAAGCAAAUUCGUGUUUGGGACAUUGCCGCUCGCACUAUCAAGCAUAUCUUCACUGGCCAUGAGCAAGAUAUUUACUCUCUUGACUUUGCUGGCAAUGGCCGCUAUAUUGCUUCCGGAAGCGGAGACAAGACUGUACGCCUAUGGGAUAUUCUGGAUGGCAAGCUUGUCUACACUCUCAGCAUUGAAGAUGGUGUGACAACCGUUGCUAUGUCCCCCGAUGGUCACUACGUCGCAGCUGGCUCCUUGGACAAGAGCGUUCGCGUCUGGGAUACGACCACUGGCUAUUUAGUUGAACGGUUGGAAAGCCCUGAUGGCCAUAAAGAUAGCGUUUACUCGGUUGCUUUUGCGCCAAACGGCCGGGAUCUAGUUAGUGGCAGUCUCGAUAAGACUAUCAAGCUCUGGGAGCUUAAUGUUCCCCGUGGUGCAUUCCCUGGGACUGGCGUCAAAGGUGGCAAAUGCAUUCGGACUUUCGAGGGCCACAAGGACUUCGUCCUCAGUGUUUGCCUGACUCCAGACGGACACUGGGUUAUGAGUGGUUCCAAGGAUCGGGGUGUCCAGUUCUGGGAUCCGAUCACGGGAAAUGCGCAGAUGAUGCUACAGGGCCACAAAAAUUCUGUGAUCUCGGUGGCUCCCAGCCCGACAAACAACUUGUUCGCCACUGGUAGUGGUGACAUGCGUGCAAGAAUCUGGAGGUACUCUACAUACACGGGACGGUGAUGGGAUUCUCUGAGAAGGUUUGGCGCACAUUUGGCUUUGUAUUCUCUACGUUUCACCUAUCCCGGCUAUUUUGUUUUCACUUGGGUGCUGCGCUGCCCAAGACCAUUUUUUUUUUCUUUCACUCGCAACCUCCACAUUUGCCUCAUGAGUGAUCUAUGGGUCAUGUCAAGUCAGAGAAACAAAAAGGAGAAACGAAAACAAGACAAAAAAAACAAGAAGGGCAAUGCGUGUAUGGAUAGUAAUUUGGCUGAUUGUCGAUUUUUUCGUGUGAUCUUAGGCUUUGCUUGUCAUGGACUAGCCCGGUAGUGAAUUUGAAGAGCUUCAUGCG